AUGGUGAUAAAAGAUGAAUACGUUCAUCCUCAGCAUCCCCUGUCAACCCGCCCUAAGGUCAACACGGAGAAGUUGUGGGACAUGAAACUUGUUCAGGCGAUAUCUCCUCUUCCUGCAAUAGAAAGAUCUGCUGGAGUGACAUUUUCGACUAGGAAUGGACCAGCAAAGUUUUAUGGAAUAUCAGCUGAUUUGGAUGUUUAUCAGCUUUCCGGUAUAUCGGAUGAUCAAAUAAGCUCAACACAAAUCAUUGUCAGUAAAGGAGAAACAGGCCCUAUGGCAUACCACAAUGUCUUACAAGCUGGGUUUCAUGUUAAUCACGCAGUUGAAGGAGACAGCUUUACUCACUUCUUCGCUCAUUGGACUUCAGAUGGGAAUCAGAAAACUGGUUGCUUCAACUUCCUUUGCCCUGGAUUCAUCCAAACAACUGAAAGGUUGUCUCCAGGCCAAGUUUACACUCUGAGCGCCUUGAACCUCAAUAUAUUUAGGGAUCGACAUUCGUUGAACUGGAUGCUCUACAAUGGCGAAGAACCGAUUGGCUACUGGCCGAGGGAGCUCUUCAAUAACAUGGAAGAUUCUUCUCAGAUUCAACUGAGUGCAACUGUUAGCUCUCCUAUCGAUAAGCCUAGUCCUCCGACGGGCAAUGGGCAACUUGGUGGAGCAUCUUUUAGGAGGAUCACCAUUACGGAUGGGCAGUCUAUUCCAUACCCAAAAUCCGUCUACAAUGCAGUAACAUUCAAUGAUCUCGACAAACCCUUUUAUGAUGCCGAAUACAAUGGAGAUUGCUGCUUGUUUUACGGUGGCCCGGGAGGAUGGAGGCCACCGACAUAA